AUGGACAAAAAAAAAUCAUUGGAGAAUUUAAUGAAACUGCUAUUGGAUUAUCAGAAUGCAUCAGGUCAAGUGAUAAACAAAAGGAAAAGUAAAUGUUUUGUUGGUGGAGUAACUGAAAGCAGAAGAAGAAUAAUAGCUGAGAGCUUACAAAUGGAACUUUCAGAAUUUCCUGACAAAUACUUGGGAGUGAUAUUAUGUCCUGGAAGAGUAAAAAUCUAUCAAGUAUGGGGGAUGGUGGAGUUAAUGCAUAAAAUGUUAGCUGGCUGGAUGGGACAAAUGUUGUCUUUCUCUGAUAGAUUAACUUUAGUGAAGUCUGUGUUAUGCAGUGUACCUGUAUACAACAUGUCUGUGUAUAAGUGGCCUAAGAAUGUCAUAAAGGAAUGUGAAAAAAUUGUAAGGAAUUUCUUACGAUCUGGAGAUCCUGCAGUUAAGAAGCUUAUUAAAGUGAAGUUUGAUGAAAUUUUUGCUCCUGUAACUGAGGGUGGAUUGGGAAUCAGAAGAUUUGAGACAAUUAAUAAAGCACUCCUCAUGAAGUUAUUCUGGAAGAUGAAAAUAGAAGAGGUAGAGAGGACAAAUUUAAUGAAUGCCAAAUAUAAAGAUAAAAGUGGUGCAUGGAUAACAAAUUAUAGAAAAUCCUCAAUCUGGCCAGGUUUAAAAUGGGUUAUGAAUGAAGUACAUGAAGGAAGCAGGUGGCUGGUUGGAGAUGGAAAAGAAAUUUCAGUGUGCAGGGAUGAGUGGAUUAAGGAAUAUGCUCUUACUGGAAUACACCCAAAUAAUUCAUUUAUUACACAUCACAAAGAUAUGAAAGUCAGUAAAUUGAUUAUCAAUGGGGAAUGGAAUGUACCUGCAGCAAUGUUUAACUUCUUUACUCUAGAAGAUUUACCAACUAUUGGUUAUGGGAAAGACAAGCUCAUAUGGACAAAUGAUUUGUCUAGAAAAUUUUCAGUGAAAAGUGCAGUGCAACUAAUCAGGAAAAGAUAUCAUUGUGCUACUUGGAAAAAACAGUGUGUCCAGAAGAGAAGCUCAUCUGUGAGAGAAGUUUGGUUUAUAUGUGCUUUUACUGUAAUGGUGGAGCUCUGGUUUACCGGAAACAAAGUAUGUUAUGAUGAUGAAAUCCCAAACUUGGUAAAUUUCAAAUUGAGGAUAAUGCAAUUUACAAAAGAGAACACUGUAAGAAUGAAGGGUAAAAUUAGAGGAUUUAUGUAUGAUAUGAGCAUCAUGACAGCUUUUGGCAUCAGAGGUGUGAAGGUUAUAACAACUGAGGUAAAAGAAUGCAUUUUCAAGUUCCGUGCACUAAAUCAAGUGCUCAUUUGCUGUGAUGGAGCAUCAAAAGGGAAUCCUGGUAGUUCUGGGUAUGGAUUUGUUGGAAGGAGUAACACUGGAGGUUAUCUUGGUGCAGUUGCUGGUGGUCUGGGUGUAGCCACUAAUUUCAUUGUUGAAGUGAUGGCUUUAAUCUGUGCAGGAGAAUGGGCUAUAAGAAGACAGUACUUUAAUGUUUGUUUUAGCCUGGAUUCAAAGGCAAUACUGCAAGCUUUCAGCUCAGGGGAGAGUGGUUCAUCACUCAGAAGAGGAGAAGUAGUGAUAUAUGAUGAGAAACCUGGAUUCUUGGGAGCUCUGGAAUGCCUGUCUAGACAGAAUUUUUUGUAA